AUGUACAAGCCUGAUAACAGACUACCGAGGACACCAAACUCCAUGCCUGACAACCGCCUUCCAAGGACACCACCCUACAAGCCUGACAACCGCCUUCCAAGUACACCACUGUACAAGCCUGAUAACCGCCUACCGAGGACACCAAACUCCACGCCUGACAACCGCCUUCCAAGGACACCACCCUACAAGCCUGACAACCGCCUACCAAGGACACCACUCUACAAGCCUGAUAACAGCCUACCAAGGAUAUCACUCUACAAGCCUGACAACCGAGUACCGAAGACACCAAACUCCACGCCUGACAACCGCCUUCCAAUGACGCCACUCUACAAGCCUGACAACCGCCUUCCAAUGACACCACUCUACAAUCCUGAAAGGACACCACCCUACAAGCCUGACAACCGCCCUGAUAACAGCCUACCAAGGAAAUCACUCUACAAGCCUGACAACCGAGUACCGAGGACACCAAACUCCACGCCUGACAACCGCCUUCCAAUGACGCCACUCUACAAGCCUGACAACCGCCUACCAAGGACACCACUCUACAAGCCUGAUAACAGCCUACCAAGGAAAUCACUCUACAAGCCUGACAACCGAGUACCGAGGACACCAAACUCCACGCCUGACAACCGCCUUCCAAUGACACCACUCUACAAGCCUGACAACCGCCUUCCAAGGACACCACCCUACAAGCCUGACAACCGCCUACCAAGGACACCACUCUACAAGCCUGAUAACAGCAUACCGAGGACACAAAACUCCACGCCUGACAACCGCCUUCCAAUGACGCCACUCUACAAGCCUGACAACCGCCUUCCAAGUACACCACCCUACAAGCCUGACAACCGCCUACUAGGGACACCACUCUACAAGCGUGAGAACAGCCUACCGAGGACACAAAACUCCACGCCUGCCAACCGCCUUCCAAUGACACCACUCUACAAGCCUGACAAGCGCCUCCCAAGACACCACUCUACAAGCCUGAUAACAGCCUACCGAAGACACCAAACUCCACGCCUGACAACCGCCUUCCAAUGA